ACCCUGUUAGGCUAAACAGCUGAUACUCUCCGGAAAUCAAACACCCGGCGUCUUCACGUGUGGCCACGAUUCUUCGAAAUUCGUCGUAUUUAGUUUCUCAAGUUAUCAACUCUCUCGAACAAGUGUUUAUUUUCACACUAGAAACUCGUAGUGAUGUUUUAAUGGCUGACACGAUAACUCCAGAGAAUGAAGGUGAUGAUUUGCAGUCACAAAUGGAGGAGGUGGAGGCCUUGUCGUCCAUCUACGGUGACGAAUGGUGUGUCAUCGACGAGGCGUCCAGAAUAUUUUGCAUCAAAAUAUCAAAUGACAUGGCAGAGAACAAACUGACAGCUUGUUUGCAGAUUAUUCUCCCGCCUGAUUAUCCCAGCUCUGCCCCGCCAAUCUACCAGAUCAAUGCGGCGUGGCUGCGGGGCGCUGAGAGAGUUCGACUGGCCAACAGCCUGGAAGACCUCUAUGUCCAGCAUGCUGGGGAGAGCAUACUCUACAUGUGGGUGGAAAAAAUCCGAGAAUUCCUGCUCGAGAAAGCUCAAGACUCUGAAACAGUGGAGCAGUCAAAGCAGGUGACCCUCACCGCGGAGGAAGACGUGGAAGACGAAGACGUGCCAGACUUGACGAGUCUCACGUUGAGUGCAGAGGAUGCGCAACGUUUCCUGGAACACGCAAACGAUGAAGAGGCGCCGCCGAUCAAACACGGCGACUGCAUCACAGACCGCCGCAGCACCUUCCAGCCUCACCUGGCGCCCGUGGUGAUGCCAAGACAGGUCAAAGCCGCGCUGGAGCGGCUGUAUGACAACAAAAAGAUCGCCAGCGCCACUCACAACAUCUACGCGUAUAGGAUCUACUGCGAGGAUAAGAACAGCUUCCUGCAGGACUGCGAAGAUGAUGGUGAGACAGCGGCAGGUGGCAGGUUGCUCCAUUUGCUGCAGAUUCUGGACGUACGCAACGUGCUAGUAGUGGUGUCCCGGUGGUACGGAGGGAUUCUGCUAGGUCCGGACCGUUUCAAGCACAUCAACAACUGCGCUCGAAGUAUCCUGCUGCAAGAGGGCUACGCCGCCUCAUCGGAUGAUGUCACCAAAUCAGCAGGGAAGGCAAAGCGGCUAAAAGGCAAGAAGACAAAAUGAUUGUGGCGGAAAAGACUUUUAAUCUAUUAUGUUCCAACCUUUGUUGGAAAGCAUUUUAGUAAGUAUUAAAAGGCAACAUUUUA